CGGGUCGGGAGCGGAGAGGGUUCUGCAGCCGUAGUACCCCUCCCCCAGGGGGCGCCCAGACCUGAGCAGGACUGGAACCCAAAGCACAUAGCCUCAGGCUAGAUGUGAACAGGAUCUGUUGAAUGGGCAACUCUUCCUUUUCCUGGAACACAACUGCAGAUUGGCCUCAUUACCCAGCCCUUCUAAGUCCGCACUAGGUCCACUACUCAGCUGUGGAGCUACAGAGUUGCCAACCAGCUCCUGUUCUUACUUCCUGCACAGUUGGGGGAAAAGAAAGGAAAAUACAGCAGUUCUGAUAUGGCAGAGGUGAAGUCAAUGUUCCGAGAAGUACUUCCCAAACAAGGUCAGUUGUCUGUGGAAGAUGUGGCCACCAUGGUGCUGUGCAAACCCAAACUUCUGCCAUUAAAAUCUCUGACUCUUGAAAAAUUAGAGAAAAUGCAGCAAACGGCACAAGAAACUAUUCGCCAACAGGAAAUGGCAGAAAAGGAAGAGCACCAAACAAAGCAAUGAAUGAAUGAUUUAUUCAUCAGUUUUGGUUAUUUUUACUUGCUAUGAUAGUUUUCAAAAUAAUUCAUAUUUGUUUGCUAAUCCUGAAAUUUGUAUUAAAGUUAAAAUUCAUUUAAAAUAAGGGGAUAAGUAUAAGUCAUCAAAACAACAUAAUGAAUUUAAGCUUUUAUAAUUCCUAUUUUAGACUAUGGUCCAACUUUCACUUUGGCCAUAUUUUAUUUUAAUCUUUAGUAUUCCGUUUAGUGAUUGCUGGAAUUCUCAGUUCUACCACAAGAUUGCAUUUGUCUAGAUGUUGUUCAACAUUCCUAUUUUUAUCAAUUUUAGAGGUCCAACAACCCAUAAAAUGUGUAACUUCUGAAAAUUCUACACAUUGGCCUUUAUGCAUGAUAUAUCAAGACUAAAAAUGAAGUUUAUUUUUUUAAGUGUUUUGAGUUUUUCAAUGGAAAGCGUUGGGGAGAGAAAAAUACUUAAAAAACAAAAUUAUAAAGCUACUGCAUAAGCAUAUACACAUAUACACACAUAUUAUGUAUAUAUACACACAUAUUAUAUACACGAACACACACACACACACACACACAUAUAUAUAUUUGAAAAUGCAUUCAAAUCACAUCAAAAAUAAGCUAAGUUUCUUUUUAAUGAUUCACCUGGGAAUCUGAAGCAGAGGGAAUGAGUAGAUUUGUGAAACAAGAUUUCAUGGUAGACUGCUUUUACUUUCAUUUGAUAAAAACUGCCUAUGUGGUACACAGCAUUUUUUAACAGAAGUUACAGUCAAUCUUUCUUGGCCAGCAGGAACAAAAUAAAUGUAGCAAUAUUCCUGAACAAUAAAAGGCUGUCUUUUUUUAAAUACA